ACCAUUUAUUGCUUGUAAAGAAAAAACCAAAUGCUAAAAAGCGCAGCAUCUCUCUCUCCUCUCUCUCAAGCUCAUACUCCUCCGCCAACAUUGUAUUGUAUCUCUCCCUCCCUUCUUCCCCAAAUUCGCUUUUCUUCUUCUGCUUCGUUGAUUGCGCCAACUGUUUGAUAUUUGGUCUAGCUGAACAAGAUGCCCCGCCCAGGUCCCAGACCGUACGAGUGCGUGCGCAGAGCUUGGCACAGUGAAAGGCACCAGCCCAUGAGAGGCCUCGUCAUCCAACAGAUUUUCAGACUUGUACACGAUAAUCACUCCGCUGCUACUAAAAAGAACAAAGAAUGGCAAGAGAAGCUCCCUGUUGUGGUCUUGAAAGCCGAGGAAAUCAUCUACUCCAAAGCCAAUUCUGAGGCUGAAUACUCGAAUGUUGAGACGUUAUGGGACCGAGUGAAUGAUGCCGUCGACACGAUUAUUAGGAAAGACGAGAGCACGGAGACUGGGGAGCUUCUGCCGCCCUGUGUUGAAGCUGCACUUAACCUAGGGUGUGUACCGGUGAGGGCAUCGAGGAGCCAAAGGCACAACAAUCCGAGGACUUACCUCAGACCGUCGUAUGAAGAAUGCACCAAUAGCUUGUCUCCGAGGUUCCUGAAUGACAAUGUUAGUGAACGGAAUCUUGAUUUUCCACCCACCCAAGCCACCAGUAGCUCGAUGCUGAAGAUGCCCCAACAUGUGGAUUCGUCCCGUUUAGUUUGGGAUUCUAGCAAGCGAGUCAUACCCAACAGUACUAACCAGCACCACAUUGCUUCUUCGUUUGAGACGAAGAAGCUUCAUUGUAUUAGCAAUAGUAAUGCUUCGCUUAGUAGAAGCUCGGUGUACCCCUUGUACUAUGGGAUGACUUUCAAACCCGAGGCUCGUCAGUUGGGAUUUCACGAAGCUCAAAAGUCGGAUUCUGUAAUUAUUGGUGUGCCGGUGUUUUCAUCACCUGCUGAACCUGCUGCCGAAGUUGGUUGCUUACAGAAUCUAUUCCCGUAUGGCGAAGAUAAGGUUUUUGGGAAGCAGACAUGUGAUGUUGCUUCCAAGGAUAGCAAAGGGAAGGGGCCUCAGGCCGGCUUUGACUUGUCCCUGAGGUUGGGACUAUUUUCUGAUUCGAAUUCGAGCAGGGAAAAGGGAUCUGGUUUCGUUACUGAUACACUUGGUCGAAGGCUAUCUUCAUAUGAAGGCCUUCCCGUGGAUAAGGAGUUCCCUUUCUUUCCUAUGGAGCCUGCUCAUAACACAACGUGGUUGAAUAGAAGUAAGCGGAACGAAGAGAGUGAGAGUCAGAAUGCGGAUUUAGUUUCUAGGAAGCGUAGGCUAUCGGUUAGUGGAGAUUUAGGAAAUGAUCAAUUUUUCUGGUCACAGGAUUCAGCUAACCAUUUUGUUGGUCAAAUAAGAAGACCUGUUGCAGUCCUUUAUGUGACUUCUCUGUCCAAGUUCUUGCGAGGAAUGUUUCAGAAGGCGUUCUUAAAAGUUAAGUGACCUGUCCUGUAUUGGAGGUCCUACGGUAACGAUGAAUCACAUGCUUUAAGAGAAAUAGUAAGAUACUGUUUUUUUAUCAUUAUGCAGCAGUCCUAAUUCUAGGGUUCAUAUUCCAUUUAUAAGCAUUUAUAUUAUGACAGCAGCUAAUAGUAAGCAUAACUGCGUAUUCAAUUAUACUUAUGUAGCACAAGUUAUUCUUAUUGAUAGUGCUAUUUGAGUAAAGGCUAUGAAGUUUGCUAGUCAAUUCAUGAUUGAACAAUAAAUAACUUGUUACACUGUAAACUUUAGCAUUAUUAAUCAUGAUUUGUGUUUCAAUUGCUGGUUUCUUUAACUAUGUGGAGAGAGUUUAUGCUCGUUGGGUAAAGAACGUCCUCGAGGAUUUGUUCUAGAGAAAGCAGAAGGGUACCUCAGCAGCCUCGGGAGAGUGUAAAAACCGUCUUCAUUGUUGUAUACUCACGAGCUAUAUUACUGUGUCUAGGAAAUCUGAUGCUACGAAGCAAUGAAAAGGGGUUGCAUCUGGGCCUUCCUCUGAUGAUGCCUUGUCGAAGCAUUGUAGGUACACGCCUUGGCCGGGCGGGUUGAAUUCUUGGAUGGCUGAAGAGUUUAAUUGACAUAGUUUGUCACAUUAGCAAACUACUGAGGUAAAUUUAUUGCUGGCUUCUUCUGUAGUGUGAUUUCAUCAUGUUAAAAGGUGGCUUAUAACUGCUCUUUCCAUCUGAAAAAAGGAGGAAAAGUCUUAUUUGUCACAGCAAUAAUUUGGAACUUGGUGGAUUUCUUGCUUUUAUAUGUCAUGUGUAGCUGAAGCUUUUCAGGCCAUGAUGUUUUUGGCAAAGGAGAAAGUGAAAGCAACCAACCUUUUGACCUUCAAAUUUUGUUAAAUUCAGAAAACUAAACUCCUUAAAAAUUGUGUUACAGAUUAAUAAAGUCCUAUAUUGGCUCAGUGCAUUACUCCUUUUUUCUGUUUGCUUGGACCAGCAAUGAAUAUUCAAUACUGUGCCCUUUGUACUUAUUAAAUCAGUACAUUUAUUUGAGCUUGAUCCCCUGCUGUUUUUUUCUGGUUGAGAAGAAAAGCAGCAAAAAAUUGAGUA